UUUGCUUUAUACAAACACAUCGAUAACGGCUCUUCAGCUCUAAUCGACCGUCACAACAAGAACAAUUUCUUAGAAGCAAAUCAAGAUGCAAGGACUGGGAUUGCAAAGUAUCAAGAAGAACCCAGCGCUCAUCCCGCUGUAUGUUUGCGUUGCAGCUGGAGCUAUUGGUGCAGUCUACUACAUGGGUCGCCUGGCCACCAGAAAUCCAGAUGUGACAUGGAACCGAUCCUCCAACCCAGAGCCAUGGCAAGAAUAUAAGGACAAGCAGUAUAAAUUUUACUCACCAGUCAGAGAUUACUCGAAAACAAAGAGUGCUGCUCCCAACUACGAGGAAUAAAUUAAACUUUUAUUAUUAACAUGUAAUUUAAAUAAAAAUGUUAACCAAUUACAUGUGUAUGAAUGGUUGCUUAUUCCAAUGCAUACAAGUUUAAAUAAAGAAAUAAUAUUAGUAGGAUAAAUUCCGCGCUACCAGAAAAAAAGUAAA